AUGCGAUUCUCCACUUGGCAGCGACCCAUAAUGAAGAUGCGGCGGGAUAAAAUUUGGCGUUGGCGUUGUCAAUGGAGCAUUGUGACGCUAGCAGCCGUCGCAUUGGUUGUAUACAACGCUGCAGCCAAUCUGUGGCUGUUGAGUCCCCCGCCCUGCACUAUGAGGAGCAGUCCACCCACCAGCGAGCUACCUACUUGCGAGCCUUGUGUGGACACUGCACAAGUAAUGGCUAUCGAAGAUGACCCGAUAGCCAGGCUCGACUUACGUCUAGGCAGAUGGGACAGUUCAAGAUCUUAUAGAAUGUUCGAUUACGCUACAGUCGGGGAUAUGUAUGCUGAGGCAUCAGCUAAUCGCCGCGUUUGUUUGGCGACGCAGAGUUCUAUCGAAAGGUUACACGAAUUGCUAAGAAUAGCAGCGCACUGGUCUGGUCCUAUAUCAGUCGCAGUGUUUGUUGCUGGGGAUGAGUUGAGGCUCUUGAGGGCGUUUGCCACUUGGCUUUCUCGUUGUCAACCAGAUGUGUAUUCAAGAGUAGCGUUGCAUGCCGCUACACCAGCAGAUCGACCGGGCAUCCAGGGUAGUAUGCCAAAUUGGGCCAAAAAUUGUGAAGCUGCCCCUUUACCCCCAGGAGAAAGACGAGCAGAUACCGUCGCCUGGCGAGCGAGACACCCAUAUCCACAGAAUCAUUUAAGAAAUUUGGCUAGAAGGAACUGUCAUACACCUUAUGUGUUUCUCGUGGAUGUUGAUAUUGUCCCAUCCCGUGGGAUGGCGGAAGCUCUAGACAGCUUUCUAGCUAAAGCUCCGAAGUGUCCUCUCUGCGCUUAUGUGGUGCCUACGUAUGAGUUAGACAAGCGCGUGGCAAAUUUUCCGGCGAACAAGUCGGAGCUGCUAAGACUAUCGAGAAACAAAUUAGCUAUACCGUUUCAUAGAAAAGUGUUUAUUUAUAACCAGUAUGCUUCGAAUUUUUCGAGAUGGGAAUCCUCUGGAGGUAACGAGACAUUGGACACUCAUAUCAGCCACAAUGUGACCAAUUUUGAACUCUUAUACGAACCGUUCUACGUGGCGCCGGACACUGUGCCUGCACAUGAUGAGCGAUUUUUGGGAUAUGGUUUUACUAGAAAUACUCAGAAAGAAUUUACAAACAAUAGCUAU